UCCCAUCCAGUGCAUGCAGAUAAAUGGCCGGACGGGAGCGCUGCAUUCAUUGCCUGUGCACGCUCCCUGGGAGUGCACGGCACCGCGAUUGGUGUGCGGGACCUCUGUGUGUGGCCAAUCAGUGAUCACAUGAAUAGUAGUAAGCAAGAUGUCACUUCCUGACAUCAUUGCUUACUACUUGUGAAAUCUGUGAAUGAUCACAGAGGUCACAUGGUACAAGGCUGUUGUGAAUAGCCUUGUACCAUGUGACCUCUGUGAUUAUUCACAGAUUUCACACGUAGUAAGCAAUGAUGUCAGAAGUGACAUCUUGCUUACUACUAUUCAUGUGAUCACUGAUUGGCCAAUCAGUGAUCACAUGAUCGGGACCUCACACAGAGGUCCCGUACAAUGAUCGGUGUUCCUACGGACACCGGAUCGCGGUGCUG